CAAGAUGGCUGUCCCCAAAGCGAAGGGCUAUCGGCCAAGAUGCUUCUUUGAUGUUCAACUAAAUGGAUCUCCAGGUACGAAACGUUAAAUUCCUUGGAUUAAAUGUUUGCAUUGGUUGCUGUUUUUCAAAAUGUAAUUUAUGAAGUCACUUGGGAAGAGAAGCGGCUGAAAUUCAGACUAUAACUCUCAAUAAUAUGGAAAUAAUUAUAAGCUUAACUUAUUAACGCUUUUAUACUACUACAUGAGAAAUUUCUGCAAUUUGAUUGGCUUAGAGCAGUGGUAUUUCAGCUUAAUUUGAAAUACUUACAUGUGAAAAUUACAAACCUUUUGCGGGUAGUAGUAUAAACAAAUAAUAGCAUGAUUUGUACGUGAUAUUAGGCAUAAAUACCACUCGUGAUAUUUCAAAAUUGUCUCAAAUUUCACUCGCCUAACGGCUCGUGAAAUUACGUAUAACAAUUUUGAAAUAUCGCUCGUGGUAUUUAUGCCAAAUAUCACUACAAAUCAUGCUAUUACCUAUACAUAUUAAGUUUAAUAUAGCAGAAGUUUGAUUCUUUGAUUUUAAUCAAUUUCUAUAAUUUUAAACUUAAAUCAAUAUGGCUGUGCAGUUUUGGUUAUGAAUGCUUACUUCUCUUGAUUAAUUAUGUGAGCCUAAUGUGUUAACACUGGUUAACACUGGGAUAAUCUAAUCUUUUUUAUGGAUUAUUUUGGCUAAUUAAUUUUAAUCAAUAAGGUUUCCAAUGAGCAACCUCAGUCUGCUUAUUACAUAGAAAGAGGAGUAGGUGGGUUGAAAGGAAGACUGAUUUGAAAGAACUUCAAAUCUAAAACUCUUAAAUUUUGCUUGAUUUAAGAAUCAAUUUUGCAUUCUUUGUAGCUGGCAGGAUUAUUUUUGAACUGUUUGCUGACAUCUGUCCUAAGACAUCUGACAACUUCAGAGCAUUGUGCACAGGUAAGGAAGUACGUAUUAAUGUAGAUACAUGUACUACCACUGCCACUACCAACUAUUAUAUUAAUAUUAAUAAUAAUAGUAAAAAUGAUCAUGAUAAUAACAAUAAUAUCUUUUUUCAUAUUACAUGUAAACAUUAGUGUUUUAGAGUUGAGAUCAGUUGAUGCAUGGUUGGCCAUAUACUCACUUGUAAGUGGGAUGGAGUCAUAAUAUUAAAUUCAUGGUCACUUCCUUUUUUUGUCUAUUUUACUAGUGCAUACAUACAUACACACAUACACACAUUUUAUUUGUUACACACGUAUAUCCAUUUUAUUUGCAUUUUAAGAUUGAAGCACUAUUGUAACAUACCCCGCCUUGGGUAGCUAUGCUAAUCUAGAGGGGUCCUGUUGGGUCAAUGACUUGGGUCAAUGACCCGACAAAUAAGGCUUCCUGACCUGACAGGUGACAUAUAAGUAUUACACUGUAAGUUAAAUAUAAUGAAAAAAUUUAGCAUGUGGUCUUGGUGACCCCUCAGAUUGUCUACAUGACCCCCCUCUUGAAAUAAUUAACUGGAACGCUGAAUAAGAGGCCUAAAAAAAUGCCAGAAUUGACAUAAUGAUGAGAGACUACUGAUAAACUAAUGCAAUAGUGCAUAGUGUUAUGAAAUUGCUGAACUUUUAAGGAAGUUAAUGGCUAUUUUUUGAGUGAUCAACUUGACAUUUCAUGGAAACUUUAGACAAGAUUUUUUGGAUUAACUUUGAACCUGUUUUUUAGGAGAAAAAGGUUUAAGCAGGACUUCUGGGAAGCCUCUUCACUAUAAAGGAUCAGGGUUCCAUCGAGUUAUCAAGGAUUUUAUGAUUCAAGGAGGAGACUUUACUAAAGGUACUUUUAUUUUUAUAUCAAGAUGGUAAAUGAAAAGGCACACUUAAGCUAAAGGCUCAGAUGGCCGGAGCUUUUCCUGGUUUCCUCAGCAUGAAGCAUGCCUAGGAGUAUUGCUACCCCCCUCCCCCUCCCCCUCACCCUGGACAUAAUCGCUGGGUUACCCUCCAGCAGUAUGUCACGUGUGCCCGUUUAUACACCUGGGUGAAGAGAGACCAAGUGGAGUAAAGUUCCUUGUCUAAGGAAACAAUGCAGUGGGUGACUUUAAACCACAGACCUCCAGAUCCAGAGUUUGAGGUGUUAACCGCUUAACCACACAUAUCAAGAUGGCUCAAAUGGACUUUUCAGAGUUAGAGCCUUAACUAUUGUCAUUAGCAAAGAUGCUGGAAAACAGUCUCCUUUAAUAGCUGUACUAUUACCUUAGGAAUUUGUUGUGACUGUUGUUAUUUUGACACAAGAGUUUUCAUCACAAUGUGUAAGUGGCUUGUAAGUGUGCCUAAGUGUAGUUUUUGCAAAAGAAGUUGCGGAUUGUUGCAAUGAAACCUUUUUUGAUGUAUAAACGGUAGGUUCUAUAUCUUUACUUACAUUGAUAAGAUCUUUUUGUGAGAGUUGCGAAGGAGAGGUUUUGUAACAAGAACAGCAGUUUUGCACAGAGUUUUUAAAAGCUGCUGACUGAUGCUAGGUGGUUGUUACUUUUCAUGUGCGUAUCAGAUUUUUUUUGAUCUGUAAAACAUGUACUACAUCAGUCUUCUAGGUAACACUAAGCAAAAUUUUUAGUUGGUUUCUCACUGGACGUGUGUCAAUAAUGUUUUGCCAAAAAUUGCCGCUUCAAUGAUUCUGGCACUACGCGAUUCUAGUAGUGUGAUGAUAAUCACGUAGUGUGCAACAAGAUUCUCAUUGUGUGGGAAAUGAGACAUGACUGGUAACUUACUUUUGAGUGGCACUGUAUGUCAUGUGCUGUACAAAUCAUUCUUUGCAAACCUUUGAUCAAUUAGAGCAUGCAUUUAAAAUUUGUUACGUGAUGAAAUAAAUUAUAUUUUUCUAUUAAUUUGUCUAUCACAGGAAAUGGUACUGGAGGAGAGUCCAUUUAUGGUGGCACGUUUAAUGGUAUGUAGCUUCACAGUAUUAAUCUCAAUAACACGACGUGCACUUAGAGUCAGAUUUAGUUGCAAAAAUUAGUGAGGAUUGAGUAUAGUAAGCCUUUAAUAUCUGAAUUGAUUUUGUGUUAUAGUCAAACAGGAAUUUUAUCAGUAGUUUGUCAGCCCUCGUUGUAAGCAUAAAAUUGAGUUGACUACAGUGAAACCCUGAUAUGACGAAGAGGCAAGGGACUGGCAAAAUAUGUUAAUGUCUCUUUCUCUAUAAUGCAUGUUAAACGUGAAGUAAUUUAAUUAUAAAAUAAGUAAUGACAAGUUGGCAUUGAAUGGGGGAGCACUGCCUUGCACUAGGUUAGCCUUUGCAACUUGUGGUUAUGUUGUGAAUAGUUCUUUGAAAAUACUGGCCAAUGCUGUGGCUCUUACUAGCCUGCUUAUGACAACAAGGCCGUAUAGUUCUACGCUAGAAUACAAUGCAUCGUAGAGCUUGCUGACCUUGACACCUUGACUACACAAUUGCUUUAUUGAAAAAGAACCGCCAUGAAAGGGUUGCUGAUAACUAGAUCAUGUUCCAUUAACAACAUUUUACUGGUGUGACAGUAAAAUUGCUUUUUGUUAUAUCGAGGUUACAUGUAUUUUCCAUAUAUAAUUUUUACUAUUACUGGGGUUAAAAGAAAAUCGUUCAUUAUAUUGAGGACUUUGUUAUAUCAAGGUUCUACUGUUCUGCAAUGACUCUUAUCUCAGGGCUGUUGCUAAAAUUUCAAGUUGCAGGGUAAAUGCAGUUAGUAGGAGGGGAAUUGUACUGAGCUGUGUAGGAAUUAGUUCUUUUGGUUCUGUUUUCUUUUUGUUUCCUAUAAGAGAAGCCAGGGCUCACGCUCAUAGUACCCAGGUAAAAUCCCCCCCCCCCCCUGGUUCAUAGUGACAGCCCUGUAUCUUCCAGUGAACUUACACCUCAUGCAAAUCUGUGUCUUACAAUUUAUUAUCUUUUACACAAGAUGUUCUCAGCUUAUGAUUGGUUUAUAUUAAUCUGUCAGCUAAUAAUAAUUCAGCUUGCUCAUGAUGUGGAGAAUGAAAACAAUAUUAUGCAAAAUUGGAUUAUGCAAUAACAUUACAGAUCUCAGCAUUAUGACACUCUCAUUGAUCUUCAUUACUAUAAUAGUAAAAAGGGCGUAAUUUGCUUAUCAAUAAUAAGCAAAUUACUCCUAUUUUUCAGGAAACCCUUAAUUUAUUAUUAUUAUUAUUAUGAUAAAGACGAUCUAAUGGGAUGUACAUUACUAACUGCUUAUCUAAAUAAUAUACAAUAUUAAAACUUAUGAGAAGUACAAGGAUGUAAUUUUGAUAACUGCAGUGACUUACAUGUCAUAUCAAGUUUUUCAUUUUUUUUGUUUUGCCUAUAACAGAUGAAGGAUUCCCUCUUAAGCACAAGACAGCAAUGUUGGUGUCCAUGGCUAACAGAGGUCCAAACACUAAUGGUUCUCAGUUUUUUAUGUAAGUAUUUGAUCUUUUAAGAGAUAGAAACUACUCUAUAGUUUCCAAAAAUCCAGACAAACCUCACCCUCAUAAUGUAAAAUAAUAUUCAAGGUACAAUUGAGGGGGGUGUACAUUCUUUGCGAAUAUUAAUUUGUAGAUUUUGUGGUUCAAUUUUCAAUUCUUGGUUUGAAAUUUUUGAAAUUUUAUCAAUACUUUAUCCCAAAACUAAAGAAAAUAAAUUUGAAACCAAGUUUAAAUCUUAAUCGUUUUUAUAUGAUUUGAAUUUUCUAUGGGUAUUAAUGAAUACUGCAAAUAAAAUCAUUAAUGACUUAAUAAAAAAAAUGCAAAUACAUAUAAUUUCAAAAAUUAACAUUGUUCACAAAAUUACAGCAUUCAUUAAUUCAUUCAUCACACUCAAAUGACAACAUGUACAUAUAGACAGAUUUAGUUGAGUAGCAAAAAGCACUGAUAGAGCCACUGUGCCGAGUGCAGAGCAUAACCGUGGCAACCAACAUGUUGAAUUUCAAAGAAGUUGAGGAGUAUGAGCAAGUCAAAGAGGUUAGGGAGAAAAUAGCCUGUGUAGCAAGCGUUUUUGUGUGGUUUCGGAGCAAAGAAAGAUGCAGGAAUGACAUGGAACAGGAUUUUUGGUUUUGGCCGCACCAAAAAUAGAACAAGAGCAAACUCUACGCAGGCUAGGGAGAAAGAAGAGAAAACAAUAUAUUAUUUUUUCUCCCCUCCCCCUUCUUACAACCUUUUUUUACCCCAUGACUAGUCAAAGAGUUGCUAUUUCUACUCUCCCCUGUCUUUCUCAGUGGUCAAAGAUGGCAGCCAUGGCAAUGCAGACAAGCAGUUUUUGCUCACCUUAAAACUUUGCCUACAUUGCUGGCUUCCUUGAGAGUACUUACACAUACCUCGCACUAGCCCAUGGUUAUCUUAACCCAGCUUUGAACAAACCUGACCAAGUAAGUGAUAAGCAAAGGAAUCUGUGGCUACAUUUGAGGUCCCAUAUUACAUAAUAAUGUUGCUUUUAAGCCCCCUUCCCUGUUAGUGAAAUAUUGACACUAAUUUUCUUUUAAGAGAUAGAAACCACCCUAUAAAUUUGAAACCAAGUAUAAAAUUCAACUGCAUCAUGCAUGUAGAUGUGUAGUAUAAGUCAGGUCCUGAUCACUCAAAGAUUGGAUACAUGUAGUGCUAUCCACUGUAUAAAUUAAUUAUCGCUAUGGAGUGGUUAGAGUGUUGUGAAAUCCAAUUGCCUUGCCCUCUGGAUAAUAAUUUAUCUGAUGAAUAGCAUUACCCACCUUUUGAGCAACUGGGCACUGUUAACCUAAUAACACUGGCAAAAAUGGUUCAGUUCUUUUUGAAUUUCCUGCUAUUGUCUAAUUUUCCCCUCCUUUAAUUCUCAAUUCCUUCCUUUUCUCAAGGCCCCCAGGCUCAAGUUUAAAAGGGGGUUUAUGUACUUCAAUGUAUCAACUUGAUAAUAUUAAUCUCUAUCCAGUAGAUGAUCCAGUUGGUUUCCCUAAUAAUUAAUUUUAUCCACUGGAUAUUAAUUUAUCUGUAGCCUGCGUAGCAAACGUUUCCAAUCGAGUUAUUGCGCAAAAGUUAGAGCGGAAGCAAAAAAAAGGUUGAAGGGGGAGGGGGAGGGGAGAAGAGGAAACGCUUGCCCGCAAACCCCACGAUUCUGAAAAACGCCCCUUGAUAUUUCACGGUUCGGUUCAUUUGAAAAUUGACAGCUCGUCAGGUAUAACUAACAGGUUACCCCUGGAUUACCAGAUUUGUAAAAUUACUUUGUUCUCUAAAAGAACACGUUGCAGGUGAUUGCAGGAAGUGUAAUAAAAAAGAUUUACGAUAAAAGAAGGUUAAAACUCUGAGCGAUUGCUGCGGAAUUUCUUGUUUUUUAUUGUGUGGCUUUAUCUCGUCUGAACCCUUGUCGACACGUCAAAAAUGAUUUGUCCGGAACAAUUCACUCCGCCGGGUAUAAGUUUUGCAGAGCGGCUGCUCUUCAGCCUGUGUCAAAACGUUCUCUACAAUACAUGCUGCUAGAUUUCCAAUAAAGAAAAAGAAUCUUUUCAUUUCAAAAAGGUGAUAAAUCGCUUGUCCAAGGCGGCUCUAGCUAGUGUCGAGUACCGAUGUUCUGAUUUAUGUUGAUGUUAUCUCCAACAAACAGUCCAUUUUUUCCAGUCAGAUCCGCACGCCGUCAUUCUCAAUAAAUUGGCCUUCCCUGGUCUCCACUGCUCGAUCUCCAAUUAUACUUUGAAGACUCUGAUGUCAUAAACCUUUGCACAAACAUGAUUCAAAUAAAUGUCAGUCCAAAGCAUUUGUAAUCUGCUACCACAAAUCAGAUGAGACCAAAUCUGUGAUGCACGAAAACAAAGCAUAACUGGUUUGAUUGAUGUUUCCAAUGAUAAGUAAUCAACACUACCCACACCGCGCCAAUCAGAAGCUGCGUUCGUGGACGAACACAGUUUUUCAAAAUCGUGGGGUUUGCGGGCAAGCGGUUCCUUCUUUCCCCUCCCCCUCCCCCGUCAUUCCUUUUUUUUUGCUCUUGUCCCAGCUUUCUAGAUGAACCUCGCGAGGAAACGCUUGCUAUGCAGGCUAAUUUAUCUGCUAAAUAGCACCUGAUCCAAGGAGUGAACAACUUGGGCCAGAUUUCAGGUCUUCCAACUGCUAUCUCUGUGAUACAUAACAAUAUUGUAGUGUGAAUAAAGACAAAGUUUUAAUGUUUUAAGUUUUAGUGUGUUUUUUUUUGCUGUUCACAGAACAACUCUGCCUGCCCCACAUCUUGAUGGGUAAGUUUUCUUUUAACUUGAUUCAACUGUUAUUACUGACAGAAAGGAAAUUUCUGUUUGCAUUAUGACAUUAUUGGUACAGACAAGACAGUGUUUCACAUGGAUUCAUUUUUUAAAUUUCAAUACACAAAUAUAAAAAAGGGUAUCAAAUUUUGCGAUAUUAUUUUUCAAACAUCUGAAUUUUUAAAAGAUAUCAAGAUAAACUGUAACAAAAAAAUGCAUAUUAACAUUAUUUCACAACAGAAUAAAAAUUACCAGUAAAACCAGUUAAUAAUUUGUUGUCGAUACACCUAGGCUCUACAGUAGAAACAAUGGUUGUUAUUAAAUCUUAAUCGUUUUUAUAUGAUUUGAAUUUUCUGUGGGUAUUAAAUUAACAUUUUUUCCAUGUUAUCGUUUUGUGAGGAUAUUUAUUCACGCAAACAAAUUUUGUGAAAUAAAAAAAUGCAAAAUUAAGCAAUGACAUUGUACAUGACUUGUAUACAUAUGCAUUUUUCUUUGUUGCAGUGCCACUCAAAAGCAAGUCACAGAUCAAUGAUUACCCACACUUCAAUUGUUUCUCUUGCUUAUAUAAUUUGUGGCAUAUUAUUUUUUUUAUUUCUAGGAUUCAUGUGAUAUUUGGCCAUGUAUUGCAAGGUCAGGAAAUAGUAUCAGAGAUAGAGAUUCAAAGAGUUGAUGACAAGAGUAGGCCCCUAGUGGAUGUAAAGAUUAUCAACUGUGGUGAACUUAUUCCAAAAGCAAAGGCUAAAGGUACAGGAUAAUUUUAUGUUUCCAUUGACUAAAUUUAUGUACAGAACUGUGCUCUAGCAGCAGUGCUGCCUGCUGACCCCUGGCAUCAUACUUUAGCUCUUGGGUGAUGUCUUACUGUUAUUUGUUAACUUUCAGCUGCAGAGAAGAAAGCUGAAAAGAAAAGAAAGAAAUCUAAGCAACAUUCUGACAGCAGUUCCUCAGAUACUGACUCUUCAUCCAGUUCUGGAUCAGAAUCAGACAGUGAUCAGUCAUCAAUUGAUGAGCAGCAGAAAAAGAAGGGCAUGAAAAAGAAAAGAAGAAAAAAGAGGAGUGAAUCUGUAAAACGCAGGGACAAGAAGAAAGCAAAGAAGAAAAAGAAAGAGAUGAAAGACAGGUAAGUGGCUGUAACUGAACCACAGUACAUGGAAUAAAAAUACAUCAAUACACAAACAUUUUUAAUAAAUACAUACAAAAAAAGCAAAUAUGAUAAAAGUGAAUACUGUGAAUAAAAUAAUAUUAUGAUCUAAUAAAAAAAUGCAUAUACAUAUAAUUUCAAAAAUUAACAUUGUUCGCAAAAAGUACAGCAUUCAAUAGUUCAUUCAUUACACUCAAAUGACAACAUGUACAUGUAGAUAGAUUUAGUUGAGAAGCAAAAAGGACUGAUAGAAGCACUGUGCCGAGUGCAGAACAUAAAAAUGGCAACUAAAGUGUUGAAUUCCAAAGAAGUUGAGGAGUAAGGGCAAGUCAAAGAGGUUAGGGAGAAAGUAGCCUGUGUAGCAAGCGUUUUUGUGUGGUUUCGGAGCAAAGAGAGAUGGAGGAAUGACAUGGAACGGGAUUUUUGGUUUUGGCCGCACCAAAAAUAUAACAAGAGCAAACUCUUGCUACGCAGGCUAGGGAGAAAGAAGAGAAAACAAUAUAUCAUUUUUUCUCCCCUCCCCCUUCUUACAACCUUUUUUUACCCCAUGACUAGUCCAAGAGUUGCUAUUUCUAUUCUCCCCUGUCUUUCUCAGUAGUCAAAGAUGACAGCCAUGGCAAUGCAGACAAGCAGUUUUUGCCCACCUUAAAAAUUUUCCUGCAUUGCUGGCUUCCCUGAGAGUACUUACACCGCCAUACCUCACACUAACCCAGGGUUAUCUUAACCCAGCUUUGAACAACCCUGGCCAAGUACGUGAUAAGCAAAGGAAUCUGUGGCUACGUUUGAGGUCCCAUGUUACAUAAUAAUGUGGCUUUUACGCCCCCUUCCCUGUUAGUGAAAUAUUGACACUAAUAUGAGCAAUUAAUUUGAAUUCCAGUCCAGGAGAUGUUAAACCAAAGAGUCCUGAACCUUUUAGUUCAGUGGCUGUGGAUGAGAUCCCAGAUGUGCCCAAUAAUUCUUUUCUAUUGAGAAGAAGCCGCACCCCCUCCCCUGUGAGGGAAAAGAGACUUCAGCAGGCAAAAAAUAGGUAUAUUUCCUCUGAGGUACACCUGACCUUAAUCAUUUCUACGAGAGCUGGGCUCAUUCCCUUUUCGGUGCAUAAUUAUCAUGAAUUAGGAAUUUUUGAGCAUGUUAAGUCCAUACUAAUUUGCAAUGAUAAAUUUUGCCCAAGGUAAAGCUCUUUCUUUGUUCAAAGCUCUGAGGUAUAUACUAAUAAAAUUAAUUGUGACAUACAAAAGUACUUUGGAAUGGCAAGACAACUAGAUUUCAUCCACGGACUCAAAACUAAGAAGUGCAUUUCAUCCAACAUACCUGAUUACACACUAAGGAAAUGGUACCAUGUGAAAGUACUGCUGACGGAAGAGGUUUCAUUUGAAUGGUCACACCAUAGGAUUUCAUACACAGACUCAAAAAUUAAAACUACAUAGUACCAUGUGAUAGCACUGCUCAAUUGAUUCUGAUGGCAAAUGGUUCAGAAAAAGUUGAUCAGAUGUUGAGAGAUAGAUGGCAGCAGUAUCUUCAAGUUGUUUAUAUUAUUUUCUGUUUGUAUGACCACAGGAAAAGUAAGUCUCCUCCAGGGUAUAAAGCUCCGCCUCAAAGUAAUUCACAGGAAAGAACUAGGGUAUGUACACCUGCUGAAAUGAUAUUGUUUGGGAGAUCAGUAGACCUUAUUUCACUGUAUCCACCAUCUUUGCAUGCACUUCAGGACUGAUUAAUCACGUGACAUUGCAUUUAUCCCAUCAACCCUUGAACGCGUGCGAAGAUGGUGAUUGUUGUGAAUAAGGUCUAUACCUUCAAUAGAAAAUAUUCACAAUUAUUAAUAAAACAACUACAUCCGAGUCUCUUGGUUCUUAAAAUGAAGCUUGGAUUCUGCGGGUAACUAUUUUUCUUUCUUUUAACACAAUUAUAAGACUUUUUACCCUCUAUCAUCUAUCUCUGUCUGUUUUUCUUAUCGGCAGGUUUCCAGGUCGGGAAGGAUUCUACGAGGACGAGGAAAUAUGGUGAGCAAAUUCCCAGGGUAUUAGUUUAAUCUUCCUCACGAGAAAAACAAUACACCAGUAGAAAAGGAAAUCACCAACUAAUGAAUCAUUUAGAAGCGGUCAGGAGACAAAACAAGGCAAAACACAUAUCUGAAAACCCACUUACAGUGUACCCCCCUUCCCCCUUCCCCCUUCCCCCUUCCGCCCCCCUAAGCAAAGAGCCUGGGCCGAGGCUACUCCAUCGGUUUGAAACAGAACUUAAUCACGUGAUUUUUAUUUUUCAGCGGUAUCGCACACCCCCGCCUUCUUCUCCGGAUGAAACGCGGAACAUUUCGCGCCGUUUUCCCCCACCUUUGGUGACUCGGUCAAGGUCUCCACGCAGGCGUACAAGGUCUCCUAUGCGUCGUGCACGAUCACCAUUUAGACAGUCGAGGUCUUCUCGAGAACGCUCUAGAUCUCCCCGUCGACGCUCGAAUUCUCCUCGAAGACCCCCGAUGUCUUCUCGAAGACGCUCGAAGUCUCCACGAAAACAAUUAAAUUCCUCACAGAGACGCUCGCUGUCACCUCCAAGACCCCCGAUGUAUUCUCGACGACGGUCGAGGUCCCCACGAAAACACUCAAAUUCCCCACAGAGAUGCUCGCCGUCUCCACGGAGACACUCGGGGUCUCCGCGACAACGCUCGAGGUCUCCACGAAGACAUUCGAAGUCCCCACGAUCACAGUUACUUCAGAGAACAGAUAGCAAACAGCAUAUGAAAGACCGUGAAUCAGCGGAAAGAGUAAUGAAACAGAGCUACUCAGUAAGAGAUGGUAAAAGCAGUAAUAAAUUUGCAACAGUUGAAACACGAGGUGAAAGGAACUCAAAUGAUGAAAAAGCUAACGAAUGUUCACCUGCAACUGAAGAGCGCUUUCCAGAAAGGCGACGUGAAGAAGAGGAAAAGACCUUUGCAAAUGAAGGCUAUGCAAGGUCAAAGUUUGCUUCAAUCAAUGAAACUGGCAGACACAGGAGAGGAGAAAAAACUAGCAGUAACAGCGACAGUGAGGAAUUUGAACAAGAAAGUCGAGACAUUUUGUACAGAUUGGAAAAACAGAGCCAUCUUGCGCGUAAAGAAGACACCAGGGACAUACGGAAACCAACUUCAUAGUCGAACGGUGACGAACAGACAUGGAGAAGCUUAGCCCGUGAUUAUGAGUCUGAAGAAGGUCAUGGAACUUUGGAGGCACAAAGUUAUGCACCCAUUCCAUUAAGCAAAGAACGUGAAAAUAACCGAGAACGUCUACAAUCUCGCGGUAAAAAUAACGAUGAACAGAUUUCUCCAAACGAGGAAAGCGCAGGCAGUGAACAAGAGGACAAACGAGCUUUCCUUCAGGGUGAAGGAAGGUUUAAACAUCAGGGUAGCUCAGAACGUAAAACUGGUCGUCGACAGCGCAGUAGGAGUUUUGAUAGACGCAGAAGUAGCUCUCAAGAGAGUGACCGGAACCGGAAGUCACCUCAUCACCAUCGUUGUCAUCAUCAUCGUCAUCAUCAUCAUCGACACCAUCAUAAAAGAGACGCGAGGCAAUCGGAAAGAAACAUUGUCGUGACCAAGAAAGAUCAGGACAGUUCAAGUGACUGACUUAAUUGCCUGUAAACUGCUCAAAGAUCGGUGAGAUCGUGAACGUAAACAGCACUUCAAUUUCCAAUGUACAAUAUUGUGUACGUUUCUGUGUAGAAACAGUCGAAAUCGACACUAAAACGUGAAAAAGGAGUUAUGUCUUGAGACAAAUAAGAAACGGACUUACAUCCGUUCAAAGUUUUUCCAACUUUUCUGAAACUUUAAUUCAAACUCCUAUCUAAAGAGUGAAGAACAGGCAUUUAUUCAUGACUUAUCCUUUAACGACAUAUUCAUUGUCUUUCAUACUUGUAUCAUUUUUCCCUUUUGGUGUCUACUUAUCGUAAACUGCCGCUUCUACAUCUUCGUAAGGAGUUUUAGGAGGGUUUAUAAACGGAGGGGCUUACAUCCGAGGGAGCUUAUCACAGGAAUAGAAAACGCUUCGAAGCAAUCUGCAGAAGUGCUAGUCAAAAUAAUUUUGCAUUUACUGGUUUUUAACUAAGCGU